AGUGUUUAUCUUCAGUUUAGGCAUACAUUAUAACAAUUUGAGUGAAAUAUUAAAUAAAUAAAUAAACAGAUUUUUUAAAUAUUUGGUACUAAUGACAGAAUGCACUUGAGCUGACAUGUCAUGCAAAACCUGAUGAUCAUCUAAUGCAUGAUUUGAGCAUGAGCAUGAUUUGAGAAAGUUCAAAAAAGCAUCUUGUCUGCUUCAGUGGAAGCAGGGAAAUCUGACCUUUUGUACAAAGGAGUAAGCAUAAAUUUGCUUACAUUUGAUUAGUGACUUCGAAGAACAGAAUUUUAAAUAUUUCUUAAUUUUUUUUUUUUUUUUUUUUUUUUACAUUUUUCAAAAUCCCAAAGUAUUCUGUUUAUUUCCAAUAAAAAAUAAAUAAAUAAAUAAAUUAAAAAAAAAUUUAACAUUUAAAAAACACACAUAAUCCCAGUUUUCAAUGUAGUCUCAGACUUUUGGACUCCCACUGUACAUAAUAUAAUUUACCUUUAUCAUUACUGAAUGAGCCUAAAUAAACUUCAUUACUUUUUCAGUUACUCAUUAGUUUAACAUGACUGUCACAGUCAUUAAAUGUACUGUCAGAAUAAUAACAGUAUAAAACAUCACCCCCUAGUGUCAAUACAAAAUACAUUUCCAAGGGACAACUUGAUAUCAUGAUACCUAAAUAUUACAACCCCAAACUGUUCAAACCCCGAAAUACAAAAACCACCCUGAAUACCCUCCUUGUAUGCUUUCAGUGAGGCAGGUACAAUGACAAAUGACAUUAUAUGCUCACACAUGACAUUAGUUGAUGACAUCAACUAAUAUAUUUCCAUUGCUCUAGAUGGGCUUUGCAUUCAUAUAUCCAUAACCUUCCAUUAUGACCAAUUCCCUUAUACCUGCCUACUGCCUAACUGCCAACACUGUCUAAUGGAAAGUUCAUGGUGGAAAUUUCUCUAUCCACUACUAGAAGGCUUAAACCAUCCUAAGAUGGCUUGCUGGUCUUAGCUGGUCUCCCGGCCAGGUCAGGCUGGUCUGUUGAUCGGUUAUAAUGGGGUUUUGGGUGCUUGUCAGCUGGUCAGGCAGGAAGCCAGCUAAAACCAUCUUAGACCAACUAAGACCAGCAAACCACUUUAAGUUGGUUUAAGCUGUUUUUUAUUUUGUUUUUCUCUAGCAACGUCAUGAAAGAAGAUUUUUUCCUCUCUUCUGUCCCCUCUGGCUUGUAAUACAGAAAAAGCGUUCAUAUGCACAAUGUAAUGCAAAAUUCAUAGCCCAAAAUAGCACAAUGAUCUGUGUGAGUGUCUUUGUCUUAGAGGGGCAUUUCCUCAUCCAUCAUGUCAUAUUAGUACCACAGCUGCAGUUGCCACAAGGGUCUUAUUACAGGGGAAAAUGUUUGUCGCUGCAGCAGUGCACUCUGAAAAUCACAUUGGCUUUGACUGCAGUAACCUGAUGCCACACCUUGCGCUGAAUGCAUCACUGGAAUUUCUCGGCAAACAACAUUGUGCUCCAGCUUGGCAUCGUUGCAAUCCUCUAUACCUGCAUGCAUCUGCCCAAUAUCUCUAUCAAGUUCAUGAAGGAACCAACUGAAAUUUGGUUACAGCAAUAUCUGAAAUAAUGCAACUUAUUCUGACUAGUGUUUCAGAAUCAUUAUACUAUAUUAAUUCAUUUAUAUAAAAUAUCUUUUUUUUUCCUUCACAUUACAGCAAUGAGAAUGAGAAUUGGGGGGAAGAAAUGUGCUUAUGUUUUGAUGGUCCUAAAACUAGAUUUAUUUUUCUCUGAGCAUAAUAUGAUUUCUUAUUUCUUUCUUUUGAUUUUGGGGUGAAAUAUGAUUUGGACAUGUCUGAACAUCAUGUCUGACAGGUUGAUUCAUGCUGAGGCCAAAUUUAACAACUGUCCCAACUCCCAAAGGAAUCCCCAUGUCUGAAGAGAGGUGUGUUUCAUCAGUAACAUGAGACACGGUUGUUCAUACUGUUGAGUGAUGUAUUAUUUGUCUCACCUACAGCAUAUGAAUCUUACAGACUGGUGUGAGGAUAACAUGAUGCUCUGAAUGCUACAGCAAUAGGGUGAGGGGCCUCUGCACAGGUGCUGACAACCUAGACAGAAAACGGGUCCUCUAAAAUAAGAUAUGUCUGAGAAAUCUGCACAUUGUUCUAUUUUUAUUUAUUACAUUUUUUUCCACAUUCAGGGAUUGAAUAGAAUUAUAAAGCUUACUUGUCUUCUACCUGUACACUAUACCACACAUACCACGUAUACUACUUUAAAAAUGAUUUAUUAUUAUGUUUAUAUAUGUAUAUAAUACUUUGCUUUUGUUUGUUUUUUUGGACAUGUUGCAUGGUAUCACAAAGUGUUUGGACAUGUACUUUGGUACUGCCAUGUUUUUGGACGUACUUCACCAUGGUAAUACCAUAUUGUUUAGUACAUAUACCAUGGUAUUACCAUGUUUUUGGAUAUGUAUGAUGGUAAUAGCAUGUUGUUUUGCACAUUUUCCAUGGUAAUAUGUUUUUGGACAUGUACCAUGAUGCUACCAUGUUUUUUGGACAUGCACAACUGUAUUGCCAUGUUUUUGGACAUGUGCCAUGGUAAUAUCAUGUUGUUUUGCUCACACACCAUUGUAAUAUCAUGCUUUUUAGACAUGUAUUAUGGUAUUAUCAUGUUUUUUGGAUAUGUACCAGGUAUUACCAUGUUUUUUGGGACAUGUGCCAUGUUAUUACCAUGUUUUUGGAAAUGUACCAUGGUAUUACCAUGUUUUGGGACAUUUACCAUUGUAAUACCAUGUUUUUAUGGACGUGUACCUUGGUAUUACCAUGUUUUUUGGACCUGUAGGCCCACCAUAGUAUAUCAUGUUGUUUUGAUCAUGUACCAAGGUACUACAAUGUUGUUUGGGACAUGUAUCUUGGUAAAAUUAUUUAAGGUAUCAUGGUAAUAUUGUAUUCUUUGAUGUGCCUUGGAGUACCAUGUGAUCCUUAUUAAUAUGGUAUCACUCCUAAUCAUGGUAAAUACAAAAGUACUGUGGUCUUAGCAUGUGAUAGCAUCACUGUAACAUAGAACCAUCACUGUACAUUUAGUAUUGUUAUGUAAAUGAUGUAUGUAUACAUAAGAUGGUAAAAUUAAAACCACUCACUUUGUUAAAAAAAAUUACAUUAGCACAUUGAUACAUAGAAAAAGAAAAUAAAAGUUUCUGAUAUCUUAUGUUUCAGCAUCUAGUUUUGUAAGCAUGAAGUCUUGAUGCACUGGUACAUACUGUAACACAGGAAAGCUGAGAUAGGUCAUUUGGCCCUGUUCACCUGCAAGUGGAGCUGUUAGUUUUACAUAUCAGUUAAAUACUCGUGGGAUUAGUCAGUUCCCCCCUCGCCACACUAAACCAAUCUAUUCUGUGGGCAUGAUGACAGGGAGUAAAAAUAGCAGCAAACCUUUAUUUAUAAGACAGAGGAACACUCAGAAGGGAAGCAGCACGACUUAUUAGAAGAUUUAAAUAUUUUUCAUUUAGCUUCUGAUUUAGUUAAGUGUGGUUAACUGUACAAGAUGCAUUGCUUGAGCAGGACACCCAGGUCAUAUCUGGUGAACUCAUACAGUGAUUUCCAGGAGAGUGAUGAGAUCGCAAGAGAAUCAUAUGAGGCCACCUGGUUAGACAUGUUGAUAGAGACGAGACCAGAAUACAAGAUGACACUCUUCGAGAAAGACUCAGUGAGACAUGAGAGCUACAAAAAAAAGCAGGUGGUUCAUUUUACAGUGCAAAGGUUUCCAAACCAGAUGAUUUGCAUGGGAAAAGAGGGGGAACCAAUGCAGGAAUAUCACUUACCUUACAAGAACAUUCUCCCAAUACCAAUAUUUGUGCCCAGAGACGUCACGCAGCCUGAUUUGACCCGCGAGCCUUCUCCCUCUAGAUUAAAAUCUGUAAUGGACUCUGAGACAAGGUUAAGUGGAGUUUGCCCACAGAAGAGAGAGGUCUCAUCCAUCACCCAACAUAAGCCCAUGGUAAUCCAACCUAGAAGUCCAAACUUCAGAGCCUCUAGCCUCAUCUCUCCACCACGGGAGAUGUUGAUCGGCUUCCAGCGAAGGGAGUGAUGAGCUGAUGAAUGCUGUCUGCCAUCAUGGACAUGGAUACAAUGACGAGUUUAGACUGUACUGAAGACUGACGACUCUGCUGGACAAACAACAACUUUUCAAAACAGUCAAACUACAGUUCCUGGAAAUAGAUUCUGUAGUUUGUAUAGUGCUGAUAAUACAUCAGUACCAAUCUUUUACACAUUAUAAAUACUAUUCAUGUAUUUUUAUGGCACACACAUAAAAAAUAAAAAUAAAAAAAAUAAACCUGAGUCAUUCAAAAUGUAAUAUAUUAUUUCAUUACAGA